UCGACAACGAGCCGAAGCUGUAUGGGUACCGCGAAGAGGAUGACCGAAACCGCUGCCGUGCAGCCAAGUGGCAGCAGAUUUGGUAUAUCAACCUGAUAUUAGACAACGUGGUGACGACUUGUGGCGCAUCGCUCUGGCCAGAUUCUGGUGACGAUGUGAAGUUAAGGCCUCGUCUAUUGAUUUUACCAUUCAUACUUUCGCUAGGCUACACCUUUAUUCAAGAAUUUUUCCAUUCAUUACUUAACUCAUGAGUGUCACUGACUGAGAGCUCGCUACGCACACCUCUACUCAACAUCUGGCCUUUAGUUACAAGUCGCUUGUUGGGAGGAACAGGCGUUGAGCUUUCAGCCACAAAGAGGAACCGCUCCGAUCUGGAGAGGGCGGCCACCUGGCCCGAACCUGCCGGCACUAGUGCGGGGGGCUCCCCUCCAGGCCACCAGGCUGGCCCCUGGCCCUGAGGCCUUGCGGGUUUGCCCAGGUGGGGCCCCCGUGUAUUUUGCAUCAUCCGACCCGGCUGAACAGGUUUCCGCCGUCCAGUUGUAUGGCCAGGAAGUUUGCGCCACAGACACGAUGGACCGCGUGGGCGCGGUGUCGUCAGCCCGGCGGAGCUACCGCGGGGUCAUUUUCCCGCACUUUCUGGCGCAGCGCGGUCCCCAUGCUCUUCCCCAUGGUGUAGGGCGGCGACCAGCCUGAAAGCCACCUCCAUGCCAGUCAAGUCCCCUGCAGGAUUCGAACCAGAGACCCACCGGAGCGAAGCGCAGGCAGUCGCCCACCGAGCCAAUGCGGCGAAAUUGUGCACCCCCGGGGAGUUAUCGGCCUCACAAAAAAAAAGGCGCGCGCUUGUUUUGUGUGUGUGCGGCUGUGUGUGUGUGGUUGCGGCUGUGCUUGUGUGGCUGUGUGUGUGGCGGUGGCUGUGGCUGUAGUUGUGGCUCUGGCUGGGUGGCUGGGUGUGUGUGCUUGCGUGUCUGGGACAACUGCUUGGGAAAAAAGGGCGGCCUUUAGUACUAAGAAUAGUCGCCAAGGUUAAAGAGUUGGCCUUUAGAAAAUAAAACAGCGCGGGAAAAAAUUCUGGCUUUUGAAAAAGUUUUGGCUUAAAAUUAAGGCUCAACUUUCAAUGGUCAUUGGGGUUGGUCACUGAGAUCGAAGAGGCGACCCCUUGAGACAACAGGGAAAAACGAAGGAAAAGAAGGGGGCCUCUUCCGUUCAGCAUCAGUGACCAUUGAGUGCUGAGCUUUAAUAAAAAGUAGAGGUUUUUCUUUUUGGAAAAAGUUCAAGGCCUUGGGAAAAAAGCAGACUUUUGGAAAAAAAAAGUUGGCUUUUGGACAAAAGUGAAGGCUUUUGAAGAGGUUUGAGUUGGAAAAAAAAGCUGGCGUUUUGAAAAUAGUGAAGGCUUUUGAAAAAGCUUGGGCUUUUGAGAAUAAUGGCAAAAAGUCCAAGUCUCAGUUAUUAUUAUAUUAUAUUAUACAUAUAGAUGCCUAUCAAUAUCAUGAUGUGGUAAAAUAGCCGCCGACUAGUUUUCGACCAGCUGCGGUGAAUAUGUUGUAGUAGUUUCGUCCCUUCAGCUAAUAUCAUGUAGUAGUUUAAUAGUACAAGCUCCCGCAAAAGUAGCCAGUAUCUGUUGGCCAUGUAUGGUUCAAGCCUCUCGGAUGUCGUGUCGUUCUGUUCUCAGUGGCUCACACUAAGCCUCGUGCUCGACUGUCAUCGGGAUGAUCUCACAGGGCAUGAAUGUCAAUGGUCACGAAUGCUACUCCCAACGCUCAAUCACAAUGAUCAAUGGAUAGACUAGGCAUGGUUAUCCUGAUCCUAGGCGUAUGAUGCAUGUUCAGUCCGAUCCCUUCUGACAUGCUUAUGUUGAUGAUGGGUGAUUCAUCUUACCCAAUGAACCCAACAGGGAUUACGCCAGCCAGUGAUCUGAUCAUAAGUCACAGGCAGGCACGCAGAGACUUGCUUGCGUUCAAGAUUCAGACACUGUGUUGCCACUGAGAAACGAACCUGGCGCGGAGGCCUGUGCCCUUGUGGUCCAGCACUGGUCUAACCCUUGAGCGGCGAAAGCCAAUAAAUUUGGAAGUAGUGUAGUGAAAUAAAUAAAGCCAUCAAAAUGUCCUGCGACGCGAAGGAGAUCAUCAAGAAGUUAGGACAGAAAUCCGACUGGCGCGAGUGGCAGCGUGCUGUACGUCAAGAAGCUAGUCGCCUAGGCCUUCUUGAGAACUACACGAAUGUAGUCAACGUGCCGGCCGCUCCACAUGGUGCGCCGCAAGGUAAUACCAGUCGCGAAGACGCGAUCCGUCAGAAGUGGCGCAACCUGAAAGACGCGAUCACUCGCAGUCUGAAAGGUGCGGCCAAGUCGUUCGUCGACAAUCGAAAGAACGAUGGCGCGGUGGGCGAAAUGGAUGCUGGUGAAGUUGUUCUACUUCGUGACCAAGGGAAUUUCAACGCGAACAAUCGCCAGGAGCAGCGCACGAAGGUCAGGCCGUUGUCGGAGGGACUGAGGAAGUUCCACAACAGCGACCAGCCUGCUGAUGUCAAGGAGUUCCUGUCAAAGGUCCGUGACAUCAUGAACCAGUCGCCCACCGUCUUCCCGCCGGGUGCAGAUCUGCCUGAAGCUGACCAACAGAGCGGAGCGAUCCUGCUGAAGUUGCCCGAGUUGUUCUGCAAGAACUUCAGGGCGACGACCGAGCGGAUGCAAGAAGAAGACGAUCGGACAUUUGACCAAGUUGGAGACUGACUUGAGAAACGUCUCACGACGUUGAUCGAGGCGGGAACCUACAAAAUUGAGAACGAUUCCUCCGGGAAAGCGUCUCCGGUCAAUGUUCAGGAAACCUCGGACAAGCGUCCUCGUGAUGAUAAGAAUGAGGAUGGUGACGAGGUAGAGGCCAAUAAGGCAGAUGGUAAGACCUUCGUUUCUGCUAACGCCCUCAAGCGUUUCAAGCAGAAAGAAAAGAAGAAGGCAAUCGCUGAGGUCUACAACUCCUACGGGUACCAACCCAAAGGAGGGAAGAACGGCGGAGAAAAGCCGAGGAAAGAUAAAGGAAGAAAUAAAAAUACCUAUCCACCCCGCUGCUAUUGCUGCAAAAAGUUUGGACACAAGUCCACGGAGUGCUGGCAUAACGCACAAGCCCUUCAACAGGGACAGGGAAGCUGGACUACCGGAGCCUUUUCUAGUAGUGUUAAAGGCAAAGCAAGGCGGAAAGGGUAAUCAAAGUGGAAUGGUGCACAUGUCGCAGAUUGCGGAGCUGUUCAACAUCAUGAACUCGCACAGGCAAGGCUGAGCGACGGAACCAGGACUGAUCAUAAGUCACAGGCAGGCAUGCAGAGACUUGCUUGCAUUCAAGAUUCAGACACUGCGUUUCCACUGAGAAACGAACCUGGCGCGGAGGCCUGUGUUCUUGUGGUCCAACCGUAUCACUUGCUAGUCCCUUCACUUAAAUAAAAAAAGGAACUACUUUUGCUGCCGUUGCUGAGAGCUUACAUAUGCCACAAGGAAGAACCUUUUUCAAUAAGAUAUAGGUGAAGUGUCUAAUGAUGAAUUCCCUAGUAGCGGACUACGCGAUACGAUCGGCGGCUCGCAAUGACGCUCGAGAAGAGGACAAGAGUGACGCUGGCAAAGCCUUGACAGCGUCAAGAGACCGAACCUCGACUACUGGCGUUGCCUUAUGGCUGCAUUUGACCGACUAUCUGAUCCUAUUCCCUGGCAUUCUCGGUUAUUUCAGUAAGCUUUCGAGUAGAAGGAUCGUAAUGGACUCCACGACCAGUCGCAAAGCACUAAGCCCUACGGGUAGGCUUCAUCUGGACAACUUCCACUAUGCAGUAAGUAUUUACCUCACCUCACUCCAGCAACCACAUCCAACAGCCUUGGCAGCAAAUCCAUGAAAUUAGAAACACCAUAAGAGAACAGGAAACGCUUGCGGAAUAAUAUGGGUGAAUCAAUUAGCGAGCGCUGCCGCAGACGUGGAGUCCCUUGCUUUCUUUCAUGUGCCGUCUUCUUCUGCUAAUCGGGAGCAAUCAUGUACCCGUCUAAGAUUGAUUAAGUAAGUAGAGCUAAUAGAGUCUAAUCAAUGACGUGGGCGACUUUUCGGGUUUAGAUGCGCCAUACGAGAGUCAGGAGAAAGAAAUUGCAACGAAGCCAGAGAUGAACGAACAGUUAAGGCUCACCACAUGACAUCCUGCAUAAGUAGCAUAUUGGGCAUCUGCUUUCAGUGCACAAGCAGCAUAUCAAAUACUUAAUUCAUUGGGCGUUUACUUUCCAAGUAAAGUGCACAAGCAGCAUAUCAAACACUAAAUUCAUUGGGCGUUUACUUUCCAAGUAAGUAAAAAUGAAGUCGAGGGAGCACGAUGUUCAUGUUCUGCAGGAUCGAUCCCAUUGUUAGGCUUCAGUACUCUAUGAUGAUGAUAGGCGAUUAGUACUCUAUGAUGAUGAUAGGCGAUUAGUACUCUAUGAUGACAGAGAUGAACGAACAGUUAAGGCUCACCACAUGAUGAUUAUGAUGCAAUCAUGUGAAGAAUCCCUUUUCCAUGCAACUGCUUCUAAAAAAAGUGUUGGACCGGAUCACGGAAAAUAAUGUGAGGAAGGAGUUUGACCAAGCCAAAGCCACACCUAAGGGGCGCGAAAAAGCGCAGGGGCUCGAAAAAGCGGCAGAGCUCCUGGAACAUGAGAAGGGGAACAAGGGCACCGACUGGUUCUCCUGGGGAUAUGAAUGAAGCUUUUUCUCCCACAGUUUAAAAUAACAUAGUACACUACUUACCUAGCUAAUUGCUAAUUCUAAAGAUGACAGCUUAAUAAACUUCGACUUACCUAAAGACGAGCAUGAGGGGACUGAGCGCAGAAAUAGAUAUUAGCUAAAAUAAUCUCAAGGGUUUAAUAGCAGGGUUGCAGAUCGUCUCGUUUAGUUUUAAGGGCUUGUAAGAAUGGGAGAAAAAGCUACUUUUUUCUUCAUACUCGUGAAGGUGAAAAUUCCUUGGACAACUUCAAGAGACGCUACUUCAAGAUUAGCGACUGGAGUGUUUUCCUCUAUUUCGAGGCAAUCACUGGUCGCAUCAUGCGCCAGCAGCAAGUUCAGAGCAUCCAGAGGGUACUGGGAAAGCCUCCAGCUCUGCCAUCUCAAGCAGCUGUGUUUAAGAAAGAACUCGAUUUGUUCUUUUUUGUCAUGACGGGGCUCGAGUAGAUCUAGACUACAGUAGACUAGUAGUAGAGCUACUAAUACUUGAAGCGAACGUUGAGACUGAAGAAAGUAAGAGCUUGUGCUUAGAUGUUUUAUCCUCUAAGAGGUCCCGAGCGCAGUUUUUCCAGUCAGAAAACCAACA